AGAAGUGGACCCCACAGCCUUUUGGCAGAACAUGUGUUUCAACACAAAGCAUCUUCCUACAGCCCCAGGGAUGGACACAGCAUGCUCAACCACCAAGAAACUCAAGGUUCUCAUCUUGUUGCUACUCGUCUCUCAUCUGGCCUGUGACGCUCAGGGGGUUGCCAACUGUUGCAAACAGAAAUCCCACUCCUGCCGUCUUUACGUCCUGCUCUGUCGCUCAGGUAAUGGGAUGGGGACAAGGGGACCCCUCACUGAUGACGCAGCCACUGGAAUCCUCACACUCAGUAAACGGAAAGAAACUGAUGAACGUCGCUUCCAGAACCGGUUGAAUCAGCUACUCCACGGGUCACGGAACCAAGCGGCGGGAAUCUUGACGAUGGGAAAGAGGACCGAAGACACAGCAGAACCGCUCAUGUGCUUGUUUCCCAUUUUAGAGACGGCCCCCACUACCGCGGCCCAGUUGGUUUUACAACUACCAUUCAAGUGAUUGAUCUGGAAAACAUCAAUGUUGAGGGACUGCGUCAAACAUGGACUAAUGAAAAAUAUAUGAAAACAUGGGUUUUGGGUAAAACAUUCCUUUAAGAUUGAAUUUGUUUGUGGAGUAGGUGUUAGUAAUUUUUGUAGUAAUGUUGUAAAUAUUGUAUAUGAUCUCAUUGGUGUAAUAAAAUGUGAUAAUGG